AUGCUUCGCUCCAUCGCCGUCCCCCGUGGCCUGGUCUUCCCCCGCCGCCUGCUCUCAACCACAGUCCCCAGAAUGGCCUCCGCAUCAGGCACACCUAUGGAAGAUCUCAUGAGGGAGAAGAUAAACACCACCUUUACCCCGUCCACGCUAAUAAUUCGCAACGACUCACAUUUGCAUGCGCACCAUGCGCCGAUGCAAGGGUCGACGUCGAAGGAGACACACUUCCAUGUGACGAUUACGUCGCCGUCGUUCCAAUCUAAGCCGCAACCUGCGAGACAUCGGAUGGUUUACGCUUUGCUGAAAGAGGAGAUGAGUCAAGAGGGUGGAAUCCAUGCGCUGCAGUUGAGGACGAAGACACCGGAGGAGGAGCAGAGGGAGAAGGAGAGACAGGCGCAGGCGUAA